UCAAAUUUAAUAUUUUAUUUGUAAAUUAAAAUAACAAAUAGUGUUUUUUAUAUAGAAAUGUAUUUCUUCCUUUUACGCAGAUAAAUUUGUAACUGGGGAAAAAAGUUAAGGUUCACAUGGUUUAAAAAUAACUAGUUAAACUAGUUAAAAAUUAAAAUUAACUAAGUUAAAUUGAAAGUUAUUAACUUUUCAGCUAGUUACUAACCAACCCUGCAUAUUACGAAUAGCAGGUGAACUUUUGGCACACUUGAGCAUCCUGGCUGGACGUGUAGAGGUGCCUAGGAAGUUUUCAAUAAACCGGACAAUCUACUGUGUCUCACGGCUCCGAUAAACUGACCAGCGUUCCGCGUCAUUAUAAUGGACCGCAGCCUCUUUAUAGUGGCUAUACGCGACAGUAAUAUCUCGUCUUGUAUUUUCGCGCGUAUCUCUGCCUUCGCGUUGGGUCGAGAAGUUUUCAGAUUGCAUCCGCGCGAUGCCCUUACAAGUGAUGAACGCGAUGAGAACAGAGAAACCGGGCAGAAACAAUGAUGUCGAGAGGCAGAAAAAUCCAUUUAAUGUUUCGGAAGUAAUUGAAGCUGAUUCCCGUGUGGCCUAAAGAAACUUUCAGCUUAAAACUUUACUGCAAAGCCCUCAAUGUUUUUUUUUUCUAAAAAAAAAACAAUUUUUUUUUUAAAUUUGAUCUUCUAAGGGAAGAUCAAAUUUUAAUUCAAAUACACCGCGCGGAUCGAGCAUUGAAAUUUCUAUCGAUUCCAUCGAAAGCGCCGCAGUUCGUCCGCUAUGUUCAGAGCGUUAAAAAACACGGUGCGAAUAGCAAGUCAUCACGUAUCACGUAUACUCAACUCGAGUAACGGCGAGUCGCGAUCGAUCUUUCGUUAAUAAAAUGUGCGUUUCGGUGAAUUCGGGAGAUCGAGACCUCUAUUAUUGUGCCGAAUAUUGAAUUCAGUAUCAUUCCCUCCCGCCUCUGUGUACUUGUCGACGAAUCGACGCGCGUCACCACUGCUCUCCAUGCGUCGCCGCGUAAAAAAAGAUCUCGGUCUCCAAGUCUGAUUACGAUUGAACAUCGUGCAUUUGAGAACGGCGUGCAGUUAAUUGAAGAGCUAAUCCAUAGAGACGCGUGCUUGACGGGUGCUAAACAUGAAAAGGAUCCCGAUUCAGCAUCUUAACCUUACUCCGAUUCGCGGUACCAGAGUGAAGUUGCUGAUCGGAGUGAAGUUGUCGCCGUCAAAACUUUCCAUCGCGAAAUCGCCGACACGGUUGAUCGGGAAGUAUGCGGCCUGCGCGAUCAAUUUUGCAUCUAUCCGUUGCAUUUCGGAUAAGACCGUGUGUUCUCACGUGUACGAGUCCCGUGGAGAAGCAAGCACGACGAAUUCCGAGAGAGGGGAAGCCGAUCUGGGUGUGUCUGGGAGGCGAGCGACGACGAAGCGACCAUGUGGGGAGCGAAAGUUCGCGAUAACUCCUUCGGAGGGAAAUCACAUCCUUACGGAGAAAUCGUCGAUUCUAGAAAAUCACGUCCAUAUAGAUUUAAUUAGUCGAAACGCGAGAAUCCGAGAUGUCGCGAAACGACGAAGUCUCCAGAUGCCUCGCGUCGAUGCUCGCGCUUUGCCAUUAAUGCGGACAUUAAUAGAAAAAGCGGCGUUGUCGCGGAAGAUAAAUGGUGGAAGCCAGACGAAAGCCGGGGGCUGCGACCUGGCGCUCGUUAUCACCGGAAGAAAAGCUAAGUGGAACGCUAACGAGAAAAUCGAAGGCGCGCGCGUGGGGCUUACGCGAUUGGAAUAAUCGUGGGUCGGAGGUCAAUGCGGAUGUAUAAUUCCUAUCCCGCACCUCCAUGGAGACGCGGGGGCGAGGACAUCACGCCACUUUCCUGCUUUGAUUUCCACUUUCGGAACUUGCCGUCUUCGCUUCCAUCGCGCCUGGUAAUUGGAUCUCAAGUGGCGAAUCAUCUUUAAUGAUUAGACGAGAGGGGAGGCAAGGGUUCGCUCGUCUCAUUAUACUUUGUCUCAGUAGUCGGCAUCUGGUUGAAGUCGAGGCGAUAACGGAAGAAAUUGGAACGGACGACAUUGGAUAGUCCGAAAGGGAAAGGUGGUGUGCGAGACAAAGUGGCCGGAAGACGAGACGCGAUGACGGCAGGACGGCAGGAGAUUCGGCGGCAAGGAGGAAGAAAGGAAGAAGAAACGGAGGAAAGGAGAGAAUUACUCGAGUGGUUCUCUCGGGAUCUCGUUCGCCGUCUACCACCGUUCGGCCGCCGUUCAGUCGGGUGCACAAAAUUCCGAGAACCGCCGCCGGGGGCCCUUUACCCGGCCCGCCGCGAGGAGACGAGUUCUGCGCGAGAUCGCGAGGGAACGAAAAAAGCGAAGGGAGAGACACUCGAGACGCGAACGGGAACGCGGACCCGUCACCGGAUAUCUCGAGAUGAUGGGAUUCAACGACUGAAAUUGAAUCGUCAAAUGCGCUACGUGUUCUCAAUAUUCGCUCCUUGUACGAGAUAUUAAAUUGGGUACUUUUUAGAGUACCUUUCAUCCCGAAUUGGUCUUAUUUUAUGCGCUAAGUUUUCGAUAAUAAAGGCGUAAUUUUUUACGCUUCUUUCUCUGGAAGAAAAUGCACGCAAAUAGAAAAAUUAGGGGGAAAUGUCACGUUUUUUUUAUUUCAAAUUAUACAUAAAAUAUUGACAUAUAAAACUAUGUAAUAAUAAUAAUCUUUAUUACUUCAAGCAUAUAAUAUAAAACUAUGUAUAAUUAAUAAUAAUUAUAAUUUAUGCAUACAUAAUUUAUUUAUUGAUUCUCACUCGGCUCACGCGAAUGCUUUCGCGUUUUUGCAAUCACAUUUGCUCACAUCGAAUAAUCAAUACACUUAAUAUCAAUAAUAAAUUACAUCUAAAAUUACCGUUUUCUCUUGCAAUCUCAAGAUAGUAUAAAUAUAAAUAUUUUUUGCCAUGAUUUAGAGCUUUGAUAAUGAUGUUAGCUGAUCGUUAUCUUUCACGAAGGAAAAUAUAAAUUUAUAUGAAUUAAUAUCAAUUAUCACUCGCAUAUAUGUAGAAAGAAGUUUUAUCGAAUACAUUUAUCUCUUUACAGCCGUUUACCUUCGCGAAGCGAGAUCCGGAUGCCCUUUGAGCGACUCCCAGGAAUCGGGAUUGCGGAUGAACCAAGAUCAGGAUGUCCUACGCGCGUCGCGUGUUACUCUUACAUGGAAAAACGCGCUCCUGUUCACCCCAUUCGGCGACACCUCUUCGGCGCUUGUCAGCUCGGCUCCGGCUGCGGCGGCAGAGUUGAGCUCGCUCGCACCCAGCCGGCCCUCUCGCUCGCUCUCCUCUCGCGCGCGCAUUGCGCGGCGCGCCGCGGGCGGGAGCGGACUCGCUGGAUAUAUACAUGCACACGCGAUAUCAUAGCGGCGAGCAGUCGACACGCGGCACUCGUACGAAGCGGGUCCCCUCGUGCUCUCCUUCCCUCCUCCUUGCGGCCGGAGGGAGAGAAAGGAAGAAGAGAGACGCAGCAGCACAACCUGACAGAGAGAGCGAAGUGUUUUAGCUUAUCUUUCAUCUUCCACAAAGCAGAAUCUUCGGCGGCGAAGAUCGUUCUUCGGUAUCGUAAUCCGCGGAUUAAUUGCUUGCCGGUCAAUCACAUAAUCGCGACGGUGCCUCGGCGCGAUGACGUCGCCGUUCGCCAACGGGAAGAGGAAGCGUGACGUGAAGUUUCCCCGACUUGGACAUCCGGCACCGAUCUUCGUCUCGCGGCGCGCUCUUAGAAUGCCGCGCGUCGUCGGCCUCUGAGAGAUCGAUCGGAGACCUCGCUCGAUCGCAUCAGCGAAACGAGACAACCCGACGCAGCGCGCUCAUUCUCUUUCUCUCUUUCACGGAGCGAAGAGAUCGCCGUGUGAACGCGGAAGUAACCGGUACCAGCUGGAAUCAACCGGAUUUCGGAAAUACCACUUGUUCUCCGAGCGAAGAAGGCGUCCGUGAAGGAUACCAGUCAUCCAACAAAGGACCACCGGAGUUCUCGACAAAGCGGCAUCCGAUCCUCGAGCAGCCGGCGUGAGACCGGCCACGAGAUCGCGUCCCUGGCUAUGGGCAAGCUCCCAAUAAUCCCUCGAAUUGAUACUGCUCGCGACAACGUAGCGAGGGCUGAGCACGGUCGGGAGGAGCGACAGGAGAAAGCGACGACAACGAAGACAACGGCGGUGGCGGUGGAGGCGCGAUUCAGCGCGACGGACGGCGCGAUCGCCGAUAACGCUACCGCCGAUCCCGAUCGUCGAUUCCUUAUCGCAUCGACAUGCGGCCGCGUGUCGAGAGGAGGAGAAGAAGAAGAAGAAGAAGAGGAGCGCGCGCGGAGGAGGCGCCCGGGACGCGCCGACGACCUCGUCGCGCGCCGGAGACGUCGCAGGCAUACGUGGCACGCGGAGAGUAAGGGCGAUGUCGUCCGGGUGACAGAUCGCGACCUGACGAGCGCGACGUCGUUGAGGACCGGCAAUGAUGCCGAGCGAGACUGCGCUCUCGACGCAGCGGUAGGACUUUGGAACGUCAGGAUCGCCGACGACGACGACCACCGCCGCCGCCGCCGCCGCACUUGUUGCGCCAUCGUCCCGGUCGACGCGGCCACGUUGAUCGCGCGGCGCAGACGAGCCCACGAUCGGCGAGCUGGUGGCGUCCUGCUGGCUCACAACAGGUCCGACACCGAAGAGAUAUUCCGUAGCGCGGUGGACAGUAUUACGAUAGAACGGGAAGCUUUCGAGAUUCCGCUCGUUGUCGGUGCCACGGAUCUUUCCGAGUGCAACGAACGUACCUCACCUAACGCGUCCGUUCGAGACGACGUGAACGGUGGAUCGCCAACAGCCGUCCGCAAGAUCGACAGCAGCGUCAACGUGGGAAACCCUUCAGUUGAGAUCGGUAUCGUCGAGUCUUCGUGCGAGGAGCGCGUUCCUCUUUCCGCCGAGGAAACGGUGCAUCGAAGAGGCACGUCGUCCACGUUUACGCGAUUUCCCGCGAAAAUCGAUCCCGGUGGAAACGCGUGGCGAACGAGCACGCGUUGGAGAUUACCGAGGAUCGGUUUUCUUCAACGGGCUCUUCUGCUGGGACUGCUGGCGACGAGCUUGCUCUGCGACGCGGUGCUGGCCGCGCCGCAGUCGCCGUCCCUCCUCGAGGACGGCGUCGAAGAGGAGGAUAUGGCGGCGAUGCCGAGGAACAGCCUCGGCGACGACGAGCUGGAGAUCAUCAGGAGGAGCAUCGUGCAAGGCCUCGGACUCCAGAGGAUACCUGAUCCUUCGAAGGCGAACGUGAGCCAGGCCGAGUACGAGAGAGCGCACAGAGAGUACCUGAAACGAGUGCAGCUGCCGCACGACGAGGACAAGUCUCGAACGCGACGGGACCUCCAUAUAUUCCAGGCCGCUGAGCAUCCGGGCAACAAGUCGAGCCACGGCUCUAGCCGGAGGGCAGGGUACCACCGUCACUCCCUAUACUUUCCCGUCGCGAUUUCCGGCGACGCCGCCACGGAGGAGGACGUCACGGUCGAUCACGCGUCCCUGAGAUUCCUUCUCCAAGGCGAUCACAGACGUCCGCGGGAUCUCGAGGCGCUGGUCUAUCUUCGCACGCCGGUCUCCCGACGUCUUCUGCUGCGGCGCGGUAUCCCGCAGGGCGAGCCGAUGAGCUCCCGAUGGCUCGAGCUGGACACCACCGAGGCGGCCGCGAGCUGGCUCGAGCACGGCCUGGAGAAUCACGGUCUCGAGCUGGAGUUCCUUCAUGACGGCCGGCCGAUACGGCGCGAGGUCUCCCACGCGACGUUGAACGUGUUCGCCACGUCGGAACCGGGCGGCAGAAGAAAGAGAUCCACCCCGGAGGAGCUGAUGCCGCUGCAGCAUAAGGGUCGACGUAGCAAGUGCAAGGGCGACAACAACAAGAAGUGCUGCCGGCACGAGCUGACAGUGAUGUUCAAGGACUUGAAGGGUUUCGAGUUCAUCGUUUACCCGAAGGGCUUCGACGCCGGCUACUGCAAGGGCCGUUGCCCGCCCCGUUACAAUCCGGCGCAUCAUCACGCCCUGCUGCAGAGCCUACUGUGGAAGGAAGACCGCAAGAGAGUGCCGAAGCCGUGCUGCGCGCCUAGCAAGCUCGACCAGCUGAUGAUCGUCUAUUUCGACGAAAACGAUUCUACACAGCUGAAAGUGUCCUACUGGAAGAAUAUCCAAGUGCUGGAGUGUGCUUGCUCGUGAAAGAGAGGACACAGAGGAAAAAGAAAGAGCGAAACAGUCUACCAUGGCCGAGGACUCACCAAAGAAUCGUCCGAAUUGCGGUUCGGUGAUGCCACAUAUUCGUGUUAAGAUUCUAAUAAUAACAAAUAUACUAAUAAUGGCGAAAGUAAAGAAAUAUACCGUCGUUCGAGCGACUUUAGGACUUUUUCGUGCACCUCCGCGAUUCCUUCAGACUUCCAUUACUUCUCUUUUUUUUUUUCUUUCUUUCGUACAAUUCGAACGAUCCGAGAGGCAUCACCGAACACUCAGACCCUGCAGGCUCGCUCAGGGUCUCGCAUCGACUGUGAUACUAACGAUAUUUACUUGUCAUUGUAUUCCUUAUUACAUAGCAAUCGUAUAUAUUUUGUAUUAUUAAAACAUUCUCGUAUUACAUCCGAGCCUGAUUAAAAGAAAGCGAAUUGUUGCAAAUCGUCGAGAAUAGCAAGCAACGACGAUUACGUCGAUUCGUCUUUCUUUUGUUAAUUAGGUAAGCGUUUCCCCGUACGAAACGUCAUAAUGUCAUCGUGUAUCCAUAACGCAUACCCUCUAUCUGUUAAUUUAUUAUCAUCGUAGGCUUCUGCGAAACGAGCGGGUCGAUGUCUAUUAACGUAAUUUGUGACACAAGCUAAAGUCUUCGCUCUAUCAAACCUUUGUUUUGUAUCGAGGUUUUUUUAGUUCCUAUAGAGUAUUAUGACUAGAAUCUCCGAGUAUCCUUCCUCUUUCUCUCUCUCCUUCUCUCGAUUUCUCCGAAGUAAAAGUCAAACAAUAGCGUACGCGCGUUACGUUCUUGUAAAAAUUUUAAAAUACAUUUUCUGCGAGAUACGCGCCAAUCGGUGACCGCUGCACGUUAAUCUCCAUGCAUAUUUCAAGCUCUAUUUGUGAGAUAAUAUAAAAUUCACAUUGUAUAUCUACGAAAUAUGUAUCGUAUAUUUAUCAGAUGCACAACAAAAUCGAUGAGAAACGUUUCAUUCUGAUGCGCUGAUGUAUCGAAUUGUAUAAAAAUUCAUGUUCGCGCACUAUUGUAAAUUAUAAUCUAAUUAAUCACACCUAGCGGCCCUAUUACCAUCAUUAUUCCUGUUCCUUUUAUUGUCAACUUAUCUGAUGAUGGAGAUCCAUUCAUAGUGAAGUCUUAAAUAUAUGAUCUAUCAGUUUUCAAUAAAAA